ACAAAACACAGUUUUUGAACUGUUAUUUAAGGUGAUUAAGAAGUUUUCUUGUUUUUCUUUUCAUGACAGACCAUAUAAGCGUACUUAGUGCUUCGUGGACAGCUCCAUUCCUAGCAAAACAAGAACACACCUUCGCCAUUCAGUGGUACACUUUUCUAAGUGAUUGUACACGUUAAAUUCAUCAUGGCUGAAAGACCGAAGGGAUAUGGAAUGACUGCUGAAGUGAGUGACGUUAUCGACAGCAAGUAUGACGUCGAACGAGAGCAGGAAGCUUUGGAGUGGAUCAUGCAUUUUGUUCCAGACGCUGAUUUAGAAGACGUAACUGGAGCACAAGAAGUAAGCGAAAAAUUAAAAGAUGGUAUUAUUCUUUGUAAGUUGGUAAACGCAAUAUUUCCAAACAGUGUACCUCGGAUAAACGAAUCCAAGGCCGCUUUUAAACAAAUGGAAAACAUUAGUAAUUUUCUUGAAGCUUGUGUCAACAACGGUUGCGUGAAGAAUGACAUGUUCCAAACUGUAGCUUUAUAUGAAGCUACCAAUAUGGCGCAGGUGAUUGAUGGAAUAUUUGCACUCGGUAGAAAAGCUGCUAAAAUUGGUUUACCUGGAAUUGGACCAAAAGAAUCUGAAAAGAACGUGAGAGGAUUUACAGAAGAGCAACUGAAAGCAGGACGAGAAGGUCAUAUUGGAUUACAAGCGGGCUACAACAAGGGAGCCAGUCAGGCUGGACAAAAUUUUGGCAAAACCAGAGCUAUUAUUGAUUAACUUAUUUAUAUGUAUAUUGUAUGAUUAACUUAAAUGCUUAAAACCUUUUUUU